AUGGUGGAAGACAAAUACAUAGGGCUCAUGCUGGCCAUGAGUUCGUCCCUGGCCAUCGGCGCAAGUUUUGUAAUUACCAAGAAGGGCCUCAAUGCCUCCAUCGAGAAGCAUGGCUUCGACGGCGACGGCUUUGGAUAUCUCCAGAACCCCGUGUGGUGGGCAGGCAUCAUCACAAUGGUACUCGGUGAAAUAUUCAAUUUCGCUGCCUAUGCCUUCGCCCCCGCCAUCCUCGUGACCCCCCUCGGAGCUCUCUCCGUCCUCAUUGGUGCUGUCCUCGGCUCGUACUUUUUGGACGAACAAUUGGGUCGUUUGGGAAAGAUUGGCUGCGCCAUAUGUCUGAUCGGCUCCGUCAUCAUCGUACUACACGCCCCGCCGGACAAGGAAGUUCAGUCGGUUGAGGAGAUUCUGGACCUUGCUCUACAGCCUGGCUUCCUCUUCUACUGCGCCUUCUGCGUCGUCUUCUGUGUCUUCAUGAUCUACAAGAUCGCGCCCAAGUACGGUCGCAAGAACCCCCUCAUUUACCUUUCCAUCUGCUCCACCUCCGGCUCCGUUUCCAUCAUGUUCAUCAAGGCUUUCGGUAUUGCGCUCAAGAUGACAUUUGCGGGCAACAACCAGUUCACGCAUCCCUCGACAUACGUCUUCGUCAUCUUGGUAGUGGGGUGCAUCCUCACUCAGAUGAACUACUUCAACAAGGCACUGAGCCAGUUUUCCACAAACAUCGUGAACCCCCUUUACUAUGUUACUUUUACAACCUGUACACUUGUUGCUUCAUGUCUUUUGUUCCAAGGUUUCAACACCACGUCUGCGGUCAACACCAUUUCUCUCCUUUGUGGUUUUCUUAUUAUCUUUUCUGGCGUAUACCUUCUCAACCUAUCCCGCGAAGACCCCUGCGCCGAUCCAGCACUUGGCUCUCGAUUCGACGGUCCGCCAUCUGAUGCCAUUUCUGGCUUCCCUACAAGACGUAGUAUGCAAUCGCGACGCAGCGGAGAUCCUUACGAGCACCAGUCGAAUGGCGUUAUCCGAAACAGCAGGUCUAGCUAUGCAGACGUAGGAGACAGGAGCGCUCUGAUGCACGAUUACGAUGCUGAGAACCAGUUCGAGCUGGGCGAUCUUGCCGGUGAUAGCGAUGACGAUCUGGAGAGCGGUCGCAACACAAAGCGGCCCAGCUUUGAUGAGGAGACGCGGCUGAGUGGCAGACUCAGUGGGACAGGCAGAGGGCGGGUACAGAAAGAGUCUGUGCAACCAAAGAGGAAUCAUUCAGCGCGUCGAUAG